AUCACUUUCAUUAUUACUCACGCACUGCAGUCUUGAGCAGUCGUGUUUUGACAUUUCACCGAUUUGGUAGGUGAACUUUGCUUUGCUUUGCGUUUAUUAUUCACACAAACAUGUCGAGGCAAGGAGAGUAUAAAGACAUCAAAGACAAAGUUAUUAUUGUAACUGGUGGAGCCAACGGAAUCGGACUAGAGUGUGUGCUUGAAUUUUUAGAGAAGGGUGCAAGGUAUGUAGCAAUUUUGGACAUAACGCCAGAGAAUUUCACCGCCGAUAAAUUGCAAGAGGAAUUCGGUACCCACAGAGUGGAUCUUUAUCAUUGCGAUAUAGCAAACGAGGAGGAAUUUAGAUCUAACUUUAAGAAAGUCAUCGAGAAGCACAAUUACGUUGAUAUUUUGAUCAACGAUGCUGGCGUUGCAAAUGAAAACGAUACCGCGCGCUUACUCGAUGUAAAUGUGAAAGGCACUAUACUCGGCAAUUUAAUGGCCAUCGAACACAUGGGUAAACACAAGGGUGGCAGAGGAGGAGUCGUCGUUAACGUUGCCUCCGUCAUUGGUUUAUUGAAUUGCCAUGUGCUGCCAGUUUAUAGUGCAUCAAAGCACGCCAUUGUAUCCUUUACCAGAUCCAUGAAGAGCAACUGCGAUCGUCUUGGCGUCAAAAUUAUAGCAGUAUGCCCUGGUCACACUAGGACAAAGUUGAAUUUCGAAUUGGCGGUGGAAACUUCAGUCAAUUAUUUGGAUUUCAUUCCCCAAGAAAGUAUCGAUAAGUUCAACAAGUCUAAACUGCAAUAUCCUGACAACGUAAGCGACGCUAUCAUGGAUUUGAUAACAGACGCCGAGCCUGGAACUGUCUGGGUAGUCGAAAAUGACGAGCCACAUUUCAAAAUUAGCUCGUCCGAUCAUUACACGAAGAAAAUAAUCGAUAACCACGAAGCCAAAGUGUUUUUCUGCUGGUAAAUGUACAUUCUAUAUGUGUAUAAGCUAUAACGUUAAUUUUUUACGAGAAAAAAUAAAACCCAUCCUUUGUUAUAAUAAACAGAGAAAUCGCUCCCUUUAUAUGUCACAUCUCCGAAUGAGUUUUUACGUAAAAUGAACAUUUCUACGAGAAAAGAUGUUUCAUUACGUUAACAUAACAAAGUCCUAUACUUUCAAGGUACAUGAUGAUCGUUUACAAUGAUGUCUAUCUGUGAGAUAUUUUAAGGAUCGUUUACGCAGUGUUCAAGCUCCUGCGCGAAGCCUUAAUAAUUAUUAAUCAAUAUAAACAAGGAUAUAUAUAGAAAAAAAAACAUACGAGAAAAAUCAUUCGAGUCUUCCGGACUCGAUAUAUAUAAGACAUUAUACCUGUACAAUUGUAUCACCCGUAAAAUUUUCCUCGCUACGAUUCACCGUAUCUUUUUUUCUGUACACGUUUGGAUAAUACGCGUGGUUCGUUCAGACAGUAUAAAUAAUACAAUUAUAAAUAUUAUUAUAGUACAGUAUAAUAAUAUCAAUAUACUAAUGAAUUAAAGUUACAAUGUAGAGUAGAGCUCGUCUACGGAAAACUUGAACAAUUUUAUUCAUCAAAGUCGAGUUACAGCGAUAUAAGAACAGGAGGGUCGUUAAGAGGAAAAGUCGCGAAAACUGUACGAUAGAGAGAGAUAGUUGAAAAAAUAUCUUCGUUAUAGAUUACAUGAUAGUGUGUGUGUAUAGAAAACUGUUUCGCCGCAAGCGCUUGUACACGUCGAUUAAAGUCAAAGCAAUCACAAAAGGUGGCGUCGUUUUUUUUUCAAAUUUUUUCUUGUUCCAUUCGAUCUUUUGUUUCCAAGUGCGUAGGCGAGAAAGUCGAAGAACUACAAUCACGAACGCUAUAUAUAAUACUUGAGAAAUGCCUAUUCAGGGUUCGCGAUUGGUUGCGCUGUUCGAAUAUACGCUUUUUCAUUUUGAUACGCCCUAUCACUAAAAUUAUAAUUCACUUGCUUAUAAUUUUUACACAGUGUGGUAUAGUAUAAAAAUCCUAUCGAUCUAAUUUCGAAAUCAAACUCACUCGAAUCGAUGCGUUCCAAUUUCAGAUAUGUAAUUUGUCUUAUCUCGUCACUUUAUCAAAGUUAACUCAUAUCAAAAUAAAAUCUGUGUAUCAUACAUAUAAAAAAAUAAAAUCGCUUAAUCCUCGACGAAUUUUGCACGCAUACUGCAGUUAAUUUAUAAAGAGAUACUUUUUGGCAACACAUUCGAAUAGCGCAAAAUUGAAAAAGCUCGAUUUGUUUCUCGCUAUGUAUUAUUAUGUACGCGUUCAGCCAUAGCUUUUCGUAUUAGGUUAUACUUAUAUGUAUGCUCGAGGCUGUCAAAAUCUCGCGCAAAACGUCGGCGAGUUCCUUGUCGAUGUCGAAGGGACGAGAACUAGGAAUCCUCACUUAUACAUACUGUGUGUAACAUGUUUAUAAUAUACAUACGUAUUAUGUAGCGUUAAAGCGUUAAGCGUUACAAGAUCCCGACAGUUUCUUUCGUUUGAAUUAACGGUUUUUUAUUGUGUAUCUUGCAAAAUUGGUAUCUUCAAUCAUAUGAGUGAGUUUUACAGAAAUGAACUAUCGAAUCAUUGAGACUCCACUUUCUACAAGUACGAAUUGAUCCCUUUGCAUGAAUUGAAAAUACCAAACUCUAAGAUACACGCGAUGCUCAUGAUAAAAAGACACAAACGUACAUGCGAAAUGAAAAAUCAAAGGGUAAAAUUCACAUAGGUUCUUAUAGAAGAGGUAGAUAAGGCAACGUCGAUAGCGUACAUCCUUUCGAUAUAAGAAUGCUCUUAUUACAGCGAGAGCACACAAGUUCCUUAUUCUUUUCUAUCUUUUUUCACUCCAGCGUUACUUCAUCUCGUUCUUUCGCGUCAGAGAGUGUUUCUUCAAAGAUUCCAUGUGUUUGGCGUCUUGCUUCGCUUCAACUAUCACAGAAACAUACCUUCAGCUAAUAGCAGUCUCGGACAAAUUAAUUAAGUAGCAAUAAAGGAGACACGUUUUUCAUUUUCUAGUAUCACAGAAACUUUUUGAUUACAAGGGGAAAACAUCGUAACGUUUCAAAACCUUUCGAGUGAGAGUUCUGGGACUUACUUAAAUGCGUAUACUGAUGGUAUUGCAACUUCAAAGUGAAUUAUUUUCAAUCCGGAAAGAAUUUUCACUUCUGUUUUUAUAUAAACUACUAUACGAACAGCGGCUUUUUUGGUUUGAGGUGAAAAUUCUUGAAGGCACAUAAUUUCACUUUCUUAUAUCCCACUCGAAAACAGGUUCUACGUGUUAUUAUGUGAAAAAAGUCUUUAUUCAAUUAAAAAUCAAGACACUGCUAUAACGCAAGCUUUAUAAACCAUUUGGGAUGAACACAAUCCAGGGAAUUCUUUCUCCAAAGUUCUCUCUGAGCUUAGAAGAUUUCGAUCGCAACGCUUUAAUUCACACGUUUUUCUGCUUAGAUUCUGCUUUCAAUCAUAAUAAAUCGUUCUUUCAAUCGCUCCGACCGUUUGACGGACGAAGGUAACGAAAAAUAAUAUCGUUCUUUAGAUUUAUUUCAUCAUCGAUCUUUGCAACAAAUAAACUCGUGUAAUAUAAACAAUAGGAUAAAAUUACGCCGUUGGCCACUUGCGAUUUGCAUGUUAUAAGGUUUAUAACGUUCUCGCGCGCACAAUAUUAUUAUAUAUAGGUAUAUAGUGAAUGUUUCGUUAUAUCUGCGUUGAGGUUUCAAAAAACGGGACGGUUAUUUACGGGGACACUUAAGAAGCAGUGACGUAUGUGUACAUGUUUCUUAUAUGAUUCUUAUUAUGGCCUUUUUGGAUAUUGAAUUAAGGCUUGUAUUUGCUUUUCUUCAGUUCGCAUAUCAUUGCUUUCCCUCUUCUAAUUUUUCACAAAAUAGAGAAUAGCACACGUAUUCAAAGUACUUCUGAGAAAUGAAAUGUUCACACCUUUAGAUUACCUAAAUCUCACUAUACAUAGGAGUAUCGUAAUAAAAUUUUUACAAACGACGUUUCGGUGUUUUUUUUUAAUUUUCAAUUUUUUGAUAUUCUCAUCGAGAUACUUUCAACCAAACUUUUCUAUCUUAAAUUCCAUACACAGUUUUUUUGAUAAAACAUUUCUUUUGCAUCUCCAUCAUCUGUACAAUGUAGCUGAUCGUAAUCGACAUCUGUCACAAGUCCGUCGAUACGAAAGACUAUUUUCUAGUAGACCGUCGUCUUGAGUUUUUCGAAGGCACUGCUCGAGGGGUUUCGCAAUGUAUAGAAAGCAUCGGGGAGAAGACUUCGAAACGACAAGGAAACAACUCGCGAGCAAGAAACUUCAUACAUCCGGAUCAAUGGAAAAGUCUGUUUUGCAUAUUUUUAUGACUUUUACACCUUCAACAAUUGAAAACCAAGAAUUUGCAUUCAUAAUCGCGUACAAAAUAGCUGUAGAAUAAUACGUCUAUCAAUGAUUUUAGAUUUAAGGCAUGACGUCAUUAUCCUAAUUUUAUUAUAGAAAAUAAAACAAUUAGUUCUGUUGGCAACAAACUUUUCCUGCAGACUUCUUCAUUGUCCCUAAGACGACUUCAUCGUACGAUUUUGGCAGCCUCGUACAUCGAAUAUUGUAAAUCGAGCGGAUUCGAUUUGACAGCUACUUUUACGCAAUAUGCCAAUGCGGCAUUGAUUUGGAGCAGAACUCAAGCAGACGCGCAGAUUUUGUUUUAAUUUAACUACUAUUGCUAUACAAUGGCAAAUAAAAGAUUCACAUAUUCUUUAAAAAAGAAAAAUACUUUAAUACACUUCAAAGACACGUUGAUUGUUUACUUUUCAUCACAAUGUUUGGUGAUAAAAAGAUAUUCUUGUAGAAAAAUAAGCCUUAAUAUAACAAGCAAUAAUUUAAAUUAAUUGUCUAUUUAAUUCAUCAAAUUACAAUUUCAUCGAUUCUUCAUUUUUCCUAGUAGUAUAAAGCAGCACAAUAAAUAGGUACUUCUUUCAGAACAUAUAUAUGUACACAUUUGAUUAAAUCGAGUAUUUAAUAAUCAAACAAUUUUUUAUUCUAUAUAAUACUAAUUAUUUUGCUGUUUAAACUUCCAAGGCAGAAAAAGCGAAAUAAUUGUGACUUAUUAAAAUAAAUCAUUACCAAAAUAAGCAUUGAUUAUCAAUCAGAAACAACAGAUUAAUUAAAAUAUAGAUUGUCGAAUAUACAAAUAUUUCUACCUGCGAAAAAAUUAGAGUAAAAGAUGCGAUUCUAGAAAUCAUAGAUAGAAUCUGUAAGCCUAAUUAGGUACUUAAAGUAAUGCAUAUUGUCAAAUUUUUUGACAAAAAAAACGUUACUAAAUUCUCGAAAUUUAAAGUACGUUUUACUCAAAUUCUCCUAAGUAGUUUUUUCAUCUUCUAGAUGAACGCAGUACAUUGUCGCGUCGUUUAAUGAUUGCAAAUUCAUCGAAAAAUAACAAAUACACUAAAAUCAGAGAAAAUUAAAUUACGAGAAACCUAAAAAAUCAUCCGUUCAUUUAAAGAAUAACAUUAAAAAAUAAAGCACUAAUAUUUUCGACAAAUUUGCAACCCUCAAAGUCGACAAUCGAUUCCUCGUGAUAAAAAUUUUGAACGUGAAUAAUUCGCGUAAAGAGCAGAAUGUGGCGGCCGGCAGCGGUGACGGAAUUCAGGUUAAUGUAUAUUAUAUUAUGUAUAUAAUCUUUUUUUUUAUUUCAUUGUGUGCAUCUGCCCGCACCUCCGCUCCGACGUGAUGAAUUCUCAAAUAGGUUGGUGGCCUGUCGGAUCGUACACAUAAGAGGUGCGUUAUUUAUCGUUAAAUCGUCUUCUCUUCGCUAUAUAUUUAAUAUAUGUAUACACACGAACGCUUACUAAUUUAGAGGCACAUUGCUAAGGGUCUCGGU